AUGUCGCCAUCAGUGUACAUCUCUAAGCCACCGGGCUCAUUAUUCAAAUUCCCUCCAGACAAUGAACCACAAGCUCUCCCUCCUGCCGUCGCUGGCUCCUCCCUCUCCGCUCCGCCAUUCUCGAUUUCUCCCUCCCUCUACAACGCGGUGCUGGAUGUGAAAGUCCCAAUCACAAUCGCCUGCGUAUACGCUGCUUCCGUCACAGCAUUGAACGCGUACAAUCGAUCAAGAGGCAACAAACCAUGGCGGAUCAGUCAGACCAAAGCGUUUUUCUGGUUCGUGGUGGCUCAUAACAUAUUACUGGCGGUAUACUCAGGAUGGACGUUCAUCGGAAUGUGGGAUGCGCUGAGAGAAUCUGUUGUAUCGCCGCUGGGCGCUGGAGGUAUCGCUGCUACAGUAGACAGUCUCUGCAAGAUCCAAGGACCUCGCGGGCUAGGAAAUGCGGUUGCGUAUAACUCUACAACUUCGUCUUGGAUCUCGCAAUCACCAUCAUCAGUCUUCCUUACAGCGGCUGGAACGCCAGCUCCUACCGAUCAAGGCAGAUUAUGGAAUCAGGGUCUUGCUUUUUACGGGUGGUUUUUCUACUUGAGCAAGUUCUAUGAGGUUCUGGAUACGGUCAUUAUUUUGGCAAAGGGAAAGAGGAGUUCGACUUUGCAGACUUACCAUCAUGCGGGAGCCAUGAUGUCUAUGUGGUCUGGAAUGAGAUAUAUGUCACCGCCUAUUUGGAUGUUUGUGUUUGUUAACUCGGGAAUUCACGCUCUUAUGUACACUUACUACACUCUGACAGCAUUCUCCGUACCAAUCCCACAAGCUCUCAAGCGAAGUCUUACAACCAUGCAAAUUAUCCAGUUCUUGGUGGGAGCAUCAUAUGCGGCUAUCCAUUCUUUCGUCUCCUACGAAAUCCCAGUCAAAGUCCCAGUUGUCAAAGCCGCUUUCCAAGCAGCAACUUCAGUCGCCUCCUCCGUCGUCUCAUCUGCUACCGAUGUAGCCCACAACGCAACCAUUGUCGAUAUGAUUAAGAAACUCAUCUUCCGCGCUCUUGGAGAGGAGGGACUCGCUGGAAAUGUCGACCCAAAGACCACUAGCAUCCCAUCUGCUCCUAUCACCGGAAGCGAUGGAAUCUCGUAUGAAACUCAAUACCAAACCGUUCCAUGUAUCGAUACCAGCGGACAAACCUUUGCUAUCUGGUUCAACGUCUUUUACCUCACCCCACUCACCUUCCUCUUCGUUCGUUUCUUCGUCAAGAGCUACCUCCGACGCGGAUCCAAGAGCGUCAAGAAGUCUACACUUGCGAUUGAAAAUGGCAGAGCAAUUAAUGGACAUGCUGGAACCCCGAGCAAAAGGGCGACUUUGAAGGCUACCCCAAAUGGCACUCCAAACGGAACUCCAAACGGAAAGGCAAAUGGAACGCCAAAUGGAAAGGCAAAGAUUAACGGUCAUGCUAAUGGAAAUGCCAACGGAAAAGCUAAGCACUAG